CCAGGCGUGGUAGCAGGAAAUAAAAUCAAAAUCCGGUCCGGCCUAUCGGGUUAAGGGAGCUGUUGCUUAAUAAAUCCGAUUCCCAGACUGAUAUCACCAUGCUAUAUAAAAGUAGCCUUAUGGUGCAAAGGUGAUGCUCGUUUAUGUAUCUAGCAUUAAUCUACUUGCAGAGUCUUGUAAUCUUACCGUGUAACAUCCAGUGAACAUGCCUAUUCUUCAAGAUAAACAAGUUGGCCCAAUUGGCUUGGGCCUAAUGGGUUUCACCUGGCGCUCAAACCCGUGCUCUCUGGAGCAGGCUUUCGAGACGAUGCGCGCGGCUCUCGCGAAUGGAUGUAAUUUCUGGAACGGCGGAGAGUUCUACGGGCCGCCUGGAUAUAACAGCUUAGUGCUUCUGGAAAAAUACUUUGAGAAGUACCCAGAGGAUGCGGACAAAGUUGUCCUUUCUAUCAAAGGUGGUGUGAAUCCCGAGACCCACGUGGUAGAUGGAUCGCCUGAAAACACGCGCCGAAGCUUGGACAACACUCUUGCGCAGCUCAAGGGCAGGAAGAAGCUUGAUUUCUUCGAAUUUGGCCGGCGCGACCAGAACGUGCCGAUGGAAGAGACCUUCAAGCUGAUCCAAGAAGAAUACAUAAACACUGGCAAGCUUGGGGGCAUAUCGCUGUCGGAGGUGCGAGCGGAGACUAUCCACGAGGCUGUGAAAUAUAUCAAGGUCGCAUUUGUGGAGGUCGAGGUUUCACUGUUUUCCACUGAUAUUUUCGAGAAUGGCGUCGCUGCUGCUUGUGCCCAAUAUGGGAUUCCCAUCGUUGGCUACUCACCGAUUGGUAGAGGCAUGUUGACAGGCCAGUUCAGGAAGCUCGAGGACAUCAAAGAUCCCAUAUUCCACUCGUACAAGCUCCCGCGCUUCCAGCCGGGCAACUUCGAGAAAAACCUGGCGCUCGUCCAGCGAGUCGAGGAGAUUGCCAAGGGCAAGAACUGCACGCCCGCGCAGCUCGCGAUCAACUGGACGAGAGCGGUGUCCAGGCGUCCGGGAAUGCCCACGGUCGUGCCGAUCCCCGGUGCGACUACGGUGGAGAGGGUGACCGAGAACAGCCAGGUCAUCGAUCUCACGGAUGAAGAGCUGGCGCAGAUCGAUUCUGUCCUGGCUGGUUUCACACCAGCUGGGGGCCGCUACGGCGAUAACAUUCCUUCGAAUACCUAGGUCAGGGGCUGGGUAGGCUCAAGGUAUUACGCAUACAUUGCGACGAAGCAUAUGAGGUGUAUCAUAUUAGAUUCGUUUACAAGAAGAGUAGCGAUAGACGCAUGUACGUAGAAGCAUCUGAUAAAAUCUGUUCUACCUGUGUUCUAUACAUCUUGUAUACUAAAUAUGUGCUCCAAUGAACAAAGUGACAUCUAUCCUCAUUGCCUGACACUAUAAGAGAUCAGUGCUAUUUACUACGACUAACUGUAUCUGUUUCUGUGAAAGGUUUCCUGUGAUCGUGAGACAGUCUAACUCUCAGGUAUGAUUGCAGAUUCAAAAUGCCAAAAAACCGGGGCUUCCACCAAAUCAUGCAACAACUGUUCACAGAUCUGGAUCAUGGAGGGUGUGUUUUGGAAAAACCUUCUUUGAGAUCCUGAGGUCUUAAAGGGCUUAGGUACAUGUUGUCUAGAAUCGGCGAAGUAGGUAGGAGGGGUUGUCUCACAAAGCUCGGCUGGCUGUUUGCGGGUGGUACCUGUGGAUGAAAUUGGUAAAAGGCAGCGGGGUUCGCCGGUGACGCAAGCGAGUGGUAGGUGGCAGCUGAAUCAGCGGGGGUCAGCAGAACGCAAGGUCCAACUCUUAUAUACUAUAUCAUAGGUACAGGAACAUGCCCCUUUUAAAUACAACUACCUACCUAGGUACCUACAUGUAGGUAUCUUCUAAAACUGGGAGCUUGUUCAUAUCCGCUCUUAGUCCAGA